CCAUUUUUUCUUUAAAAAAAAAAAAAAAAAAAAAACCCCAUCCAAUCAAAACUCAAAAAAUGUUACCAUUUUCUUUCACAAAUCACAACCACCUGUUCUACUUCCUCCGAUCCUCAUCUACACAACCAUGGCCACUACCCUCACAAGCUCCACAAUUCCCUUCCACCCCCAAAUCUCCAUUAACAAAACCCAUAAUCCUCCUCGCCAAUGCCGCUCAUCAUCACUCCCCAAAACCCAAGCCAAACUGCCCGAACAAAAUCAUCAAAUUCAAAGUCGACGAAAUCUGGUGACUACUCUUCUAGCCACUUCCCUGACACUAGGCCUUAAUUUCACCCCACUGGCAUUCGCCCAGAACUGGGGAACCCGGUCGUUUCUGAGGGAGAGAUUCUUCGAGCCGGGGUUGUCGCCGGAAGACGCCGUGGCCAGGAUUCGCCAGACCGCCGAGGGACUUCACGGCAUUGAAACCAUGCUGGAGAAGAUGUCGUGGAAAUAUGUUUUGUUCUAUUUGCGACAGAAAUCCGCGUAUCUUUCCCAGGACAUGAAGACUGCAAUGUACAUGGUGCCUCAGACCAGACAAGCCUCCUACGUUGACACAGCCAAUCAACUUGUCGAUAACAUUAACGAGUUUGAUUUUUACGUUAGAACCCCAAAAGUGUUCGAGUCCAUGGUGUAUUACAAGAAGACCCUGAAAUCAAUUGAUGAUCUCGUCGCACUUCUAGCAUAAUAUAAUUCAUGGUAUAUGUAUCAAUAGUGGCUGAUGAUUUCCCUCGUCACUCAAGAAAAAAAAAAAAAAGGUGUAAAUGCUUU